UCACCCGGAGCUCUAUACUUCCGCAACGCUUUGGUUUCGCACAUCUCUCCUGGAAUAAAUAGGUCCUCCAUCUCAAACCCUCUGAAUAUGGACGAGCAGCCAGACAUGCCUACCCUCACGUCCCCUGAUCUCUUUGCCUUCCCCUCUCCUCCAAGGCGGUUCCCCGAAUCCGUGUCUCGUCCUGCAGCUGCUGUUCGGCCCACCUCACCACCAGUACGCUUGCGUAGCAGCCAGUACAAGCGAAUCAGCAAGUCGACAACCUCCUCUCCCGGCCCUGCUUUUCAGCAACGCAAACGAGCCUAUGCCUGCAAUGCGCCCCACACACACCAAGAAUGCAAUGUCGCAGCAAAUGCACCCCGGGAACAUUCCUGGUCUGCUCAGCUGCGUGCUGGCGCUCGACGAGUUGCCGCUCGCGUACUACCACCAGCAGAGGUCAUUUGAGUCAUCGACAUCGUCGCCAGGAUCCUCAGAGGCUGACAACUCUGCUGGAACCAGUACUGUCAUAUCGGACGGGUCGGCUGAGCUUCUGAAAGCGCCCGGUUGGGCCAACGUCGUGCGCGGACUGCCUGGCAGCAAGGCCGCAUACCGUGGCUCCAUGCACAUCCCGUUUUCGACCGCAUCAACCGGCGCUGCCUUGCCAGCACCCCUGCAGGAGCACGCCAAGCGGGCGUCCCGCUACUUGUAUGAUGUUCCUAAUAUACAACAGCCGCGGCGGAUCAGCCGCGCCUCUCGCUCGCUGCUCGACCAGCACAAGAUCUACGACAUCUACGAGGAAUCGCUGUGGCACUCUGCCAACAUCGCAAGGCCCAUGACUGCCACUGCGCACCCGGGGUUCCCGAACGCCGACGAUGUCGAGAGGCAGCGUAAGGCACACCCGGCAUCACCGUGGAAUCUGAUAAGAAGCCUAAAGUUCCAGAACACUGAGCGCAAGCCAAAGUCAGGGUGGGAGGAUAGCUGCAGCUUGUUCUCGCAGCACACGACCAGCGACCACGCAAAUGAGAAGUCGUCGACGCGUCUGCAUGAGCUGGUGAGACGCGCUGGGCUUGGCAUCCUGCGCCGCUCUGUCAGCUUCUGCAAGACAAUCUCGGGGUCCCGCCUCCAUGCUGGCGAUCACCCAGCGAUUGCUGCUGGCGAGUCGCCGGUGCCCCCGCGUACUGCCCGGAAGCACUCUGGUCUGCUGGCCAACCACGCUGCACACAGCCAAGGCCAAGAUCCGCGGCGCUCUCAGCAAAAGGCACAUGCGGAUCCCCGAGAAUCCCGAUUCACCGGUCCCGGACGCCCAGCCCGGAGCUAUUGGUGGCCUCGGAGCUGUUCGAGACCCUUGGCGACGAUAUUGACAGCGAGUCAGGCGAGUCAGCUGCUGGACUCGCCGGUCAUGGCGGCUCCCACCAACUCUGGCGCCAGCAGCAGCAACAGCAGCAGCAACACCGUUGGCGAUGAUCGGCCGUAGCAACAACUCGUCCAGAUACUUCCCGCCAAAGCGGCCAUCAUUCUUGGGUCUGCGCCGUAUGAACCAGCACCACGCUGGCGAGAUGAUCGAAGAGGAGGGCGUGGUAUCGGACCAGGUGAAGGCAUCCACGCAGGUGCCGGCUGCAAUGCCGCCCGUGCUGUCGCGUGUCAGCGCCUUGCGCAAGGCUACCAGCAUCUCAAAGCAGGGCACGCGUCCAGGCCCUGUACAGC